CUCAACAAGUGACAUAUCUUAGCCAAGACACCCUUCUCUACCAAGUGGCAACCAAAACAAUGAUGUUGAAAGCACCAGUGGUUCACCAGUCAAGCCAGUCUGCUAAAACCCUAUUCCCAAUAUGGCACAAACCCUUCCUCUCCGGCAACCAAACCGCUUCUUCUUCCCUCCGGCCGAAGCCGGAUUGCCGUAGAACCCAAAAGAACUUUCGUGUCAGCUAUGUUCCCGGCAACAUUAAGGCCGUAGCAAGUGCUACUGAGAAGUCCGUUCGCGUUAAAGCUGCUGUUACCGCCAAACGGAGUGGAACUAUAUUGGCUGAUUUGAUUGGUCGCACUUUCACUUUGGAGCUUGUUAGCUCUGUGGUCGAUCCUAAGACGGGACAGGAGAAGCCUCCGAUCAAGGUGCAUGUUAAACGGGCCAGCGAUGAUGAUGAAGAUGAAGUGAAGUAUGAGACUGAGUUCUCAGUUCCAGGAGACUUUGGACAAAUUGGUGCAGUGUUUGUACAAAAUGAACACAGCAAGGAGAUGUAUCUCAAGAACAUAGAGCUAACUGGUUUCGCAAAUGGCCCUGUUCAUGUCACAUGCAAUUCCUACGUUCAGCCAAAUUCUGAUAGUUCCGAUAAAAGGAUCUUCUUCUCCAAUAAGUCAUACUUGCCAUCCCAAACACCAGAUGGGUUGAAGAGGCUAAGACAGGAAGAGCUUGAAAACCUCCGUGGUAAUGGCCAAGGGGAGCGCCAGAGCGAAGACAGGAUCUACGAUUACGAUGUCUAUAAUGAUCUCGGCAAUCCUGACAGCAGUGAUGACUUGGCUCGGCCGGUACUCGGUGGAAAAGAGCAUCCAUAUCCAAGACGUUGUAGAACCGGUCGCGAACGUUGCAAGACAGAUAAAUUAUCCGAGUCAAAAAGCGCCACCGUUUAUGUGCCAAGGGAUGAAGCAUUUUCAGCCGUGAAGAGUGCAACAUUCUCAGCGAAGACCGUAUACUCGGCGUUUCAUGCAGUUGUGCCGGCCCUGCAGACAGCAAUUGUGGAUAAAGACCUUGGAUUUCCAUACUUCACAGCAAUAGAUUCAUUGUACAAUGAAGGGAUUAACCUACCUGCGCUUAGUAAAAAUGGGAUCCUCGAUAUCAUACCCAGGAUUGCCAAGUUUAUUAGUGACAGCGGACAAAGUGUCUUGCGCUUUGAGACCCCAGAAAUGAUUGAGAGAGACAAAUUUUCUUGGUUUAGAGAUGAGGAGUUUUCUCGACAGACUCUUGCUGGUAUCAACCCAUAUACUAUAGAGUUGGUCACGGAAUGGCCAUUGAAGAGCAAACUUGAUCCCAACGUCUACGGCCCAGAUGAAUCAGCAAUCACCAAAGAGAUAGUGGAGAGGGAGAUCAGAGGCUUCUGUACCAUUGAAGAGGCUGUGAAAAAUAAGAGGCUGUACAUGCUAGAUUACCAUGAUCUGCUGUUACCAUAUGUGAACAAAGUUAGAGCGCUGGACAACAUGAUCACAACGCUCUAUGGAUCAAGGACAUUGUUCUUCCUCACCCCCGACGGCACGUUGAGGCCGCUAGCCAUUGAGUUGACUCGGCCACCAUCGGAUGACAAGCCUCAUUGGAGGCAAGUGUUCACGCCCGAUUGGACAGCCACAGGCUCCUGGCUUUGGAGACUAGCCAAGGCUCAUGUCUGUGCUCAUGACUCUGGUAUUCACCAGCUAGUCAGUCACUGGCUAAGAACUCACUGUUGUGUGGAGCCUUAUGUAAUUGCAACUAAUCGCCAACUUAGCUCAAUGCACCCUGUUUAUAGACUGUUGCACCCUCAUUUUCGGUACACAAUGGAGAUCAAUGCUUUGGCACGAAACUUCCUCAUUAAUGCAGGUGGGAUUAUCGAGUCAUCAUUCUCACCCGGCAAAUAUUCUAUGGAACUUUGCUCUGCUGCCUAUGCGGCGCAAUGGCGAUUCGAUUUGCAGGGACUUCCAGCAGACCUAAUUAACAGGGGAUUGGCUGUGGAGGAUCCAAGCGCGCCGCAUGGCCUGAAGUUGGCAAUUGAAGAUUACCCUUUUGCCAACGACGGUCUCCUCCUUUGGGAUGCCAUUAAAGGUUGGGUUACUGAAUAUGUCAACUACUACUACCCAAAUGCAAGUGUAGUAGAGUCUGACGAAGAGCUCCAAGCAUGGUGGAAUGAAAUAAAAACAGUAGGCCAUGGCGACAUAAAGGACGGGUGGCCGGAGCUCAAAACCCCUCAAGAUCUGAUCGGAAUUCUCACCACUAUGAUAUGGGUACCGUCGGGUCACCAUGCAGCUGUGAACUUUGGUCAGUAUGACUAUGCUGGCUAUUUCCCCAGUAGGCCUACCAUUGCUAGGAAGAAUAUGCCUACCGAAGAGCCAACCGAAGAAAUGUGGAAGUUUUUCUUGGAGAAGCCUGAGGUUAUUAUGUUGAUGAUGUUCCCUUCCCAAGUUCAAGCUUCAACAGUUCUGACCAUUUUGGAUGUGUUGUCCAACCAUUCUCCGGACGAGGAGUAUCUUGGCGGUGAGCCUGAGGCAGCCUGGACUGAGGAACCGGCUAUAAAGGCCGCCUUCGAGAGGUUUAAUGGGCAGUUGAAGAAACUUGAAGGGAUUAUUGAUUCUAGGAACAUUGACAGUAAUUUGAGGAAUAGAAGUGGAGCUGGGGUUGUUCCAUAUGAGCUGCUGAAACCAUUUUCGGACUCUGGAGUGACAGGGAAGGGAGUUCCUAAUAGCAUCUCAAUUUGAUGAUAGAAUGGUAUCAUACCUGAGUUGAGAUACUAUGUUUUGAAAAUAAAAGGAAGAGAGGUGAAACUUGUAGCUCACAUAAAGUAUUGCUGGCUUGUUUCUUCUUGAAUAACAUGAGAAUAAAGUUUCAAAUUAAUGGGGUUGACUCCAAAUAAUAGUUUAAAGUUUGUUCAA